AUGUUGAUACGGUACACACCUGGUAGCCAAAACUGGGAGGGCCGAGGCCAAAUGCUAGAGGCCUUCGCAGAUGCGAUGCCACGAGACCGGCCGUUGGCGCCUGAGGUAACCGAUUUUCGGCCCUUUGGCGUUUUCGAUGUCAACGAGGGGUCUAAAAAGGGUGUUAUCGAGGUUUUGAAGGAUAUGCAGGAGCGGUCUACUCUCACCGAGGAAGAAUGGGCUAGCAAGACGAAGAUCAUGCAAGGAGACUGGCUUACUGCGCGAAAUCUGCGUGUUGCGAGACGCGAGCGUGUGGACGACGUGGAUUCUAUGGAGCGCCUCGAAUACGUCGAAGAAACGAGUGCGCUAUGGCAUUUUGCCCUGCAAGCGACUCACAUGCUUAUGCGUGUUCACUUCGGCAACUCGACUCUGGAUCGUUCGUCACUGGCCACUCAUAAAGGACUCCUACAUCGCACCUGGGACGCCUCUAAGCCGAAUUAUGCUGCAGCAAAGGCCUUAAUAAGGCAUUCACUGAUUGCGAGGCUGCUGCAUUGCGUGAUCGUUAUCAAGGGCCUCGGGUCCUGGGAUGACCUGAAGAAUUGGACGCCAUCACUCAAGGAUCUCCAUGAAGUCACUAGGGAGAUUGGAGAGCGGUUCACGGUGGGAAGCGAGGCGAUCAAGGCUCAGUCCAUUGGGGACGACUGCCUUGCACACUCGAUCUACUUCAUCCGCGAUGCCCUCUUCUUCUGCGAAUUCGAGCAUGCCGUAGCACAUGCGGAUGCGGGCCGUGUCCUUCGAGUGUUGAAGUACUGGGCGUUUUCUUUUGAAGGCGCAGGUCAGCACAACUACGCGCGCGAGUGUGUCGAGGUUCACGUCAAGUGGAAGUACGAACUUCCCACUGCGUUGCGGACAGCGUUGGAGAAGGCAUGGUUUGUGAAUCGAUGGGGAGUUCAUGGUCGAUGGAUCGCAGCCGAUCUGUACCUCGAGCAGUGUAAUUUCUGGGUCAAGCGUGUCUUCAUUGCAUCGGGAAAUGCUGUCACGAUUGAGUACAUCAUGGCAAAAGGUUCGGCGAGUGUGGAGGCUUUCCGGGAUAUAUCUCACCUCGUGGCACGAUUCUUCGGUGACCCUGACCGCCGGCGACGACACAAAGAGAUAUCAUUCCAGAACGACAUGCGAGUUUUGGUCGAAGACAUGAUCAAUGAGGGCCUACAUACCUUGUCACGGGACAAGCCUCGUUUCGUUCCAGCACCACCCCGCAAAUCCAAAGGGAAAAAGAAGAGUUCGGGCGCAAAUGACCAACCUCAGUCCGCGAUUGUCGAUGUAUUCAAUAUUGGCGCACGGGCCUGGCAAAAUGGGAAGUUUUCUCAGUACAUCAAGUCGACGACGUUUGACCCUGCAGUUGGCUAUCCAAUUGGUGGGGCGGGUGUGGAAGCAAAGGACACGCCCGAUCCGGAGACAUCAGUGCUGGACAAUGGUACCGUUUUUGACAACUGCAAUGACAAUGUGAUUACAUAUGAUAAUUACAAUGAUCUCCACGGAGUGGAAGACGAGGAUGGUUCUGUGGGACUCGGUGCAUUAGGGGGAGGUGGCGAGUUUGAUACAGGUAUAGAUGAUCCAUAG